AUGAAGUUCUUCAACUUCUUCUUUGUAGCCUUUUGUGCUGCAUUAGUGGCCGCAAAUUGGUCCAAAGAGGAUUACGAGAUCUUCAGCUUGAAUGAUAGAAUAAAGAAGGAUUUGGGUGAGAACACUGAUUUUUACUCUUGGCUCGAGUUGCCCAAGGGCCCCAAGUCGUCCUUGGAGGAGAUCACUAAGGCAUACAGAAAAUUGUCGAGGAAAAUUCAUCCAGAUAAAUUCAGUGGUAAAUCGAAGAAGCUCAAGAAAAAGGCCGAGGAGAGGUUUCAGCGGUUAUCUCUUGUGGGAAACAUCUUGAGGAGUAACGAAUUAAGAAGGCGAUAUGAUUACUUUUAUAGCAAAGGAUUCCCCAAGUGGAAAGGUACCGGUUACUAUUACCUGAGAUUCCGCCCUGGAAUAGUGAUGACCUUGUUAUUUUUGUUCUUUUUAAUCAGUGGUUUCCACUUCAUCGCACUCAAGAUUAGUAGGAAGCAAGAUUUUAAAAGAAUUGUGACGAUGAAAGAGGAGGUGAAGGCCCAGGCAUGGAACAACUCGCCAAUUCCACCUGCGGAUGGCUCCGAUAGAAAGGUUGAAGCUCCCAAUGGCGUGCUGUUUCACGUUUCAAACACAGGUGAGGUUAGUAUAAUAGAGAGUGAAAAUGGUUCAAGGGUGCUUAUUCCUGUGGACGAAAAUGAAAUCAAUUUGAAUCCAGGCUUCAAGGAGUCGUUGAUUUUUAAGUUGCCAGCGAAGCUUUGGAAUGUAUCCUUGGGUAAAUUGAGUGGCAAGUAUGUUAACACCACUGUUACUUUCAGCAAUAGUACCGCUGAGAAAGAGAAGCUCCGGCCACAGUCGGAAGAAAAGCCAACCAAGAAAAAGAAGACUAGAGGGGAGCGGCUUGAGUUGCCUAACGGAAAGGUGAUUUAUAGUAAGCGUAAAAAGUGA